AUGGGAGCCAGACCCAGCCGCACCGCAGUUGUCGAUAGCACCGAAGGUAAUUCCUUGGUCGAGGAGCUGAAUGUUGCUCCCAGCAAUGUGGAGGUCGAUGCUGUUGAGAAAGCCACUAAACAGGACAUAAACAGCUAUCCGCACAGCACCAAGGACAUGCUGCACAUCAAAGCUCGAGUGGCCAGGGCAUUUGCUGAACUGGGGCCUGAUAGGCUCAGCGAUAAGGGUCUCAGUGAUUGUUCCUCACAUUCCAAUGAGAAGAAUCUGAAGAAGACCAAGCUGCAAAUUCCCACAUGUCCCAAGCUGCAACAGGCAGUCUUGCUUUGUUCUUCGAUUUGCCACAUUUGUCACUGGUUUGUGGCAGUGCUUGGUGGUGGAUUGCUCUUCUUCUUCUACUUUGUUUUCAAUUUUCAUUGGCCUGUGGCGGCAGCAGCUGCCCGUGUGCAUUUCAGGCUCGAAGGCUGCACCACAAACUUGACGAAUGUGAAUGUUUCGUGCCAAUAUAAGCUCAGCGUGGGCCUGUCUCGGAUGGAUCGAUUCGCAUCUGUGGCACCGGAGGAUAUUGUCGCGCUGCCACAGUAUUGGCCCACGAUUGAAGAGGAGGCGCGUGGCUGGAGCAGCGAGUGGCUCAUUCUGAUCCAGUGCCUAACAAAGAAAGAGGGGCUACGCGCAUGUUUCGACUACAGGGACAUCUUUGCAGAAAGCUCCAGUGGCCUUAGCCUUGAUCUCCAAGGGAGCAUGGAGAGAAUCCAGUGGAAAGAGUAUACAAUUUGA